AUGAGCCUCCCCAAGAAGGUUGCCAUCAUCGGCGCCGGCCCUUCCGGCCUCGCAACGGCAAAAACUCUCCUCCACAACUUUCCCAAGGGAACAUUCCAACCGACAAUAUUUGAGAAGAAACACCGCCUUGGCGGCCUCUGGGCCGUUGAUUACCCAUCAGACAGGGAUAGGGCGAAUGGCCACAGUCAUGGUCGCAGUCGCAGUCAUCAUGACCGACAAACCCGCGGCUAUGUGGACCCCAACAUGCGGACGAAUAUUAGUCGCUUUUCGGUUGCAUUUUCCGAUCUCGCAUGGGAGUCGGUAUUGGGGCCGGAUGUGCCGAUGUUUCCGCGGGCGUGGCAGGUGAGAAAGUACCUGGAGGAGUAUGCGGGGAGGUAUGUCCCUGAGGGAGUGGUUAGGUUGGGGAGAAGAGUUGUCAAGACUGCGAGGAAGAGGAAGGAAGCGGGGCUGGGUGCGCGAUGGGAAGUGCAGUGGAUUGAUGAUAGGUAA